ACGUGAGGGGGGCGAGUCACGCGAUUUCCGGGAACCCGUCAGGAAGGACAUAAACAAAACAAACCGAGGCAGCAUGGAGAGGGGCCGCGGCCCCUGCAGCGGAACCGGACCCAGUCCAUGAGCCGCCCCGGCACCCACAGGUUCACACAGAAUUAUUAAAAAGGAAAAAAGUGAUCCAAGCAUUUGAAUUGAGGCCAUUUAUUGUGAAAAUUGUCUUUCAUCUUGAAAUUAACAGUAAAGCUGGAAAGGAAUUUACAAACAAGAAAAAAAAGAAGUUUGGGUUCGGACUCACGGGAUCUGGGCUUGGAAAUGCCUCAGCCUAGCGUAAGCGGAAUGGAUCCGCCUUUUGGGGAUGCCUUUCGAAGCCACACCUUUUCGGAACAGACUCUGAUGAGCACAGAUCUCUUAGCAAACAGUUCAGAUCCAGAUUUCAUGUAUGAACUGGACAGAGAGAUGAACUACCAACAGAAUCCUAGAGACAACUUCCUUUCCUUGGAGGAUUGCAAAGACAUUGAAAAUCUGGAGUCCUUCACAGAUGUCCUGGAUAAUGAGGGUGCUUUAACCUCAAACUGGGAACAGUGGGAUACAUACUGUGAAGACUUAACAAAGUACACCAAACUAACCAGCUGUGACAUCUGGGGAACAAAAGAAGUGGAUUACUUGGGACUUGAUGACUUUUCUAGCCCUUACCAAGAUGAAGAGGUCAUAAGUAAAACUCCAACAUUGGCCCAGCUUAAUAGUGAGGACUCUCAGUCAGUCUCUGACUCCCUUUAUUACCCUGAUUCACUUUUCAGUGUCAAACAAAAUCCCUUGCCCUCCUCAUUCCCUGGUAAAAAGAUCACAAGCAGAGCAGCUGCCCCUGUGUGUUCUUCUAAGACUCUUCAGGCUGAGGUCCCAUUGUCAGAAUGUGUCCAAAAGGCAAGCAGACCCACUUCAAGCACACAGAUCAUGGUGAAGACCAACAUGUAUCAUCAUGAAAAGGUGAACUUUCACGUUGAAUGUAAAGACUAUGUAAAAAAGGCAAAGGUAAAAAUCAACCCAGGGCAGCAGAGCCGACCCUUGCUGAGCCAGGUUCAUGCAGAUGCAGCCAAGGAAAAUACCUGCUACUGCGGUGCAGUAGCAAAGAGACCAGAGAAAAAAGGGAUGCAGCCUCUGCAGGGUCAUGCCACUCCAGCUUUGCCUUUUAAAGAAACCCAGGAACUAUUACUCAGUCCCCUGUCCCAGGAGGGUCCUGGGUCAGUUGCAGCAGGAGAGAGUAGCAGCCUUUCUACCAGCACAUUGGUUUCAGAUUCAUCCCAGAAAAAAGAAGAGCACAAUUACUCCCUUUUUGUGUCUGACAACUUGGGUGAGCAGCCAACCAAAUGCAGUCCUGUAGAAGACGAGGAGGAUGAGGACGAUGUUGAUGAUGAGGACCACGAUGAAGGAUUUGGCAGCGAGCAUGAACUUUCUGAAAAUGAGGAGGAGGAAGAAGAGGAAGAAGAUUAUGAAGAUGACAAGGAUGAUGAUAUCAGUGACACGUUCUCUGAGCCAGGCUAUGAAAAUGAUUCUGUGGAAGACUUGAAGGAGAUGACUUCAAUAUCCUCUCGGAAGAGAGGUAAAAGAAGGUACUUCUGGGAGUAUAGUGAACAACUCACACCAUCACAGCAAGAGAGGAUGCUAAGGCCAUCUGAGUGGAACCGAGACACAUUGCCAAGUAAUAUGUAUCAGAAAAAUGGCUUACAUCAUGGAAAAUAUGCAGUAAAGAAAUCACGGAGAACUGAUGUAGAAGACCUGACUCCAAAUCCUAAAAAACUACUGCAGAUAGGCAAUGAACUUCGGAAACUGAACAAGGUGAUUAGUGACCUGACUCCAGUCAGUGAGCUUCCCUUAACAGCCCGGCCAAGGUCAAGGAAGGAAAAAAAUAAGCUGGCUUCCAGGGCUUGUCGGUUAAAGAAAAAAGCCCAGUAUGAAGCUAAUAAAGUGAAAUUAUGGGGCCUGAACACAGAAUAUGAUAAUUUACUGUUUGUAAUCAACUCUAUCAAGCAAGAGAUUGUAAACCGAGUACAGAAUCCAAAAGAGGAGAGAGGACCCAACAUGGGGCAGAAGCUUGAAAUCCUCAUUAAAGAUACUCUUGGUCUCCCAGUUGCUGGGCAAACCUCAGAAUUUGUUAACCAGGUGUUAGAGAAGACCGCAGAAGGCAAUCCCACCGGAGGCCUUGUAGGACUAAGGAUACCAACAUCAAAAGUGUAAUCAGCUUCAUUGGACCACUGGUCAGAAAUGUCUGUUUGUCAUGUCCUUAUUCAUUGUAAAUUUUCAUUCUGUUUGCAUGUCAGUUUAGCAUUAUGUAAACAUUUACAAUUAGGUUACAUUGUUUUAAGAACUAAGUAGCAUAAGUAAAGCAUGAUCCAAAAUACUUGAUUAUUGCAUUUUCAGAGCAUAAACCAUGGUUAAAACUUGUAUUGACAUCAGAACUGAAACUCAUACAUUUAAGUAAAUGUUGAGAUACAGAUUGCAAAAAUCUGUUAAAGCAAAACAUUUUGGAAGAGUGAGGAUAUUAGUAAAUGCCAAAUCUUGUGGCAGGUUUAUGCUCUGAACCACACAAAAAAAUUGAGGAAGCAUUUUUUUAAACAGUCAGUUUAGAUUGUUUUUAGAAUUACUCCUUUUGUUCUAAUUUUCCACAACCAUGAAUCUCACCUGUACAUGGCACAACCCAGCACUCAUGCCCCUGUGCCAUAUUAGAAGUUCAUUUUCUGAGCUCAAUAUGGUAUGUAUAAAUAUAUAUAUAAAUAUAUAUAUAAAAUGUCUGUGCAAGUAAGAAAAAAAAAGCAUAUUCUUUGUGCCUUGUAUUUUGGGGAAACUAUAAAACUGGUAAUAUUUUGUAUGAUGAAAACCCUAAUGUGGAAAAACAAGAUACAUAGAUGGAAAAAUUAUGGGGUUUAAAUGUUUUUUUGUUCCAACUCUUUUUCAGAUUUUUUGAAUGUAUAUAGGACUAUGUUGAAAUGUAGAUAUAUGCCACAGAGUCUGUGUAUUGUAUAAAAAACAAAACAAAAAAACAAACAAAAAAAGAUGGCUCUAGAAAACUCAUAUUUCGGUACUUGACCGGAAGAAGACAAAUACUUGCACAUUAUUGCGAUUGUUUUAUUUUUUGUACCAAAGACAAAUGCAACUGAUAUGGCAAACUGCCAGUCUAAGUAAAGUUUUGCACAGCUUACAUGAUACUGUAUGAAUGUAUGAAAAAAAGGAGAAAAAAAAAAGAAAAAUGAAAAGGUCAGGGUUAGGGAUCUUACUGAACUGUGAAUUUUAUUUCUGUUUGGGUCCAAUUAUCUACAGAAGGAGCAUCCACACAUACAAAUAUUAUUUUGCUGUUCCUCUAGUUUGCUUCCAUAGUAGAUAACUUGGUGGCCAUUUAGGUGUCUGUAAAUCUUUUUAUUUCUGCACUUAUUGUAGGAAAUUUUAAUAUAUUUCAUUUUAGUAAGCUAUUGGUAAAAUAGAUUUUGACCUUGAAAAUUAAAAAGUUUAUUUAGCUUAUUGUAGUAUACUUCCACCAAACAACCAAAAUACAGAUUAUUUUUAUUGUAUUAUGUAUAUAUAUAUAUGUAAAGAAAGAAAAAAGCUAAAAAUAUCUAAUUCUUUAGUUGCCACUUUUCCAAUUGAUGUAUUAUUGUGCAUGUAAUAUUUUCAAAGAUCAACACAAGCUUAAAACAAAAAAAAUUUAUAGAUUUUUAUAUUUUUGUACAGGUAUUUUCAAACUAGCUUCUUCAAACUUACAUGUGACUUAUUCUUCUUCUAUAGUUUCUAGAACUGAGAAAUAUUAACGCAUUUAGUUUUUAGGUGCUCUUUUUUGCUCACAUAAAACAGCUUCAUUAGUCAGUGUUUUAACUUUUAAAGCUUUACCUCUUAAUGAGAAAUUUCUUGUGUCAAGGCAGCAUUAUAAACCUUCCCCACAGGUCUUUCCAUCUUGUCUCUCCUACUGUUCUAUUCUCUAAUCUUGUGUUUGGAACUUUGAAAACUGGUGGCUUAAAAACUAUACUUAAAGAAAAGUCCUACCUAGCCAGAAAAAAAAACAAACCAAAAAUUUCAGACCUAGCUGCUGGGAAAGUGUCUAUUUCUCCAACUAUUUCUCUGUUACCCCUUGGAGAAUUUAUUUUUUAAUUAUAUUUUGUCCAUAUAGUGUUUCCUUUUCUUUUACUUUCUUCUCUUUCUACCCUGCCCAUUUGUAAGUGAUAGCACAUGAAGCUAUAGCUUAUAAAGGUUCGAUUCUAAAACACACAGUAACAACUAAACAAUGAUGCUUCUUUGACAUCAUGAAAAAGAAACUCUGAGGAGGAUUAACUUAACACCUCCACUGAACUGUGACGUCCAAGAUUUUCUUGUGUGCGUGGUGGAAUGUACCUGGUUAGUGCAUUCACGCUAAACAGGUGAUAAGCUCAGAUCUGAAAGUUUAAUAGAUUGUAAGUUCAUUGUUCAAAGUUUUUCCUUCUAGGUGGGAAAAGGCAAAGCACAAGUUUGUAACUUGGAAGCAUAUGAAGUUUUGACAGAGUGUGUGUGGUAAAUUUAAACAUGUUCCAAAAUAUGGCAGUUUGCAGUUGGGUGAAAAUCACUUCAUGAUAGAGAUUCAGCUGAUGAGGUUUAUAAAAUUGCCCCUUUCUAGCUGCUCUGUUAGGAAUUCUGGUUUUUGAUACUUUUUUCCUGUCUACAAACCAGAAUUUGAUUUUUUGGUCUUGCAUUUCAAAAAAAGACUUUGAAUCUGUUUAGUAGAUUCCAUAUCCUUGCAUUUCAGUGUUUUAUAUGUACUACUUAAGUUAAAUAGUUAAAAGCUUUUAAAUAGUUGAGCUUUUUAAUGUUGACACUUUAUUUUGUACCUAUUUAUAUAUGUAUGUAAAUCUUAGAAAAGCACUUUGUUAAAAAAAAUUGCAUUUUAUAUGAUUCCUGCCAUUUGCUGCUAAAUCUGGGCUGGUCAGAAUGCUGCAGCGAUACUUGAUCUAAAUAAAAACCUGGCAGUAAAAUGUAGAGUGAAAGUUAAAUCCUCUUGCUGUUUUAACUUUAUCAUAAAGAUGACAUAGGCAAGCUGUGCAGCUUUACAUUUUAACCAGGGGACUCUGUGGCAUUUAAAACCGUCUAGAAAUGGUUGUACUUUAAUGCCAGUAAUAAUCUGCUUCCUCUAUUGUCAUUAAAAUAUAUACGUUUAGUGUAUCACACAAACAAAUCUUAAAAGGGUAACGUGAAAACUCCAACAAUUGUACAUGUUCUGUUUUUAAAAAUUGUGGCAUGUAUAUUUGGGUGAAGAUCAUUAGAAAAGAGUUCUCUAAAGGUUUUCUGUGUUCAUACAUGGUAUACAGAUAGUUCAUAAUGAAGUCCAGAUCUUACCUUAAGUGAAGGCAUUGUGAAUUCACCUCUAAUAAACCCAUUGUUCCAAAAGCAAUUAUAAACUUUGACUCUAGUACUACUAUGAUUUAAAACAACAACAGCAAAGAACGUUCUUCCUCGUUUCAGAUACACUGGAUUCUUUGUAGAGUUUGUCUCCAUAUGAAAGCAUGCUGUCCAGUCGUUCUUGUUAAGAUCUUGUCUGAAUUUUGAAUUGGGUGCCACACUUUUUCAGUCAAUAUGAUUGCUUGUUCUACUGUACCAUGUAUGAGUCUUGUCCUUUCCUAUAUCCUUCAUGACAGAUUAUGAUGUGGCUUUAUAUUGUGCCUUACUUGUACAUUUGACAAAAUGUCUUCAUUCCCUUCCACUUCCUAAAUCUUUCACUUGACCUUUUUGGUAAGAGAAUCAGAGCUAUUAUAAAAACAGCAUGAAGGAUUUCAGAUGGGUAUGGUUUUUAAUUCCCUCUCUUUAUAGUUAUUUUAUAUUUGUAUGAAAGACCAGUUUUGAAUGGUCUUUGAAUAUGAGGGGGAAAGAUUAGCAGUAGUUUCACUACAUCCUUUUUUUCUGACUUUCAUGAAUUUGUCAUACAUCUUCUUUCUGAUGCUUGACUUUAUUUGCUCCUUAGCAAUAGUCUGCAUUUAAAGAAAGGUGUGUUCAGUUCAUCAGCUUGAAAUUGAUUGUUUCAUUUUUCCAGAAUUUUUUAGAAGAUACCCAUUUUGUUUUAUAAAACAGAUGACAAGUCUCUUUAAAAGAAACAGAAGUACAGUACUUUUGAAAUACAAUGCUGUUAGUUUGGAUUUCUUUUUUAUAUAUAGUAUUCAUACAAUUAUCUGAUGUUUGCCUUCAUUAAUAAAGCUGUUAGUUUAUUCACCAAAAUGUCAAGAA